AUGGGGAUCACAGGGCUGCGAUAUUUAACGACGUUACUGGCUGCGUCGACCUUUGCCUCCCCUCUUGUCAAACGAGCCGAAGAUGUUGUUCAGGGUACUCUAGGAACGGACGGCUAUUGGAACGACUACGACGGUGGAUCGAACCAUUACACACAGUAUGAAGGAAACGGCUCAGUUGCCGCAGGAUGGCCUGAUCAAUUGACGUGGACUUCCUUCAACGACUUAUGGGUUUCAAAUCAACAUAUCAUCAGCCGAAGCUGUGACCAGAUCUACGGAGUACCCAACAAUUCAGAUCAAGAGAUCCAGGACCUGUAUGAUUCGAUAAAGCAGAUUGCACACCAGACCAGGGUAGACCACCGGUUCAUCCUCGCUGGUGUUCUCCAAGAAACCAAGGGAUGUGUUCGAGCGAAGACAAGCGUGUCCCCAGAUGGUAUCAAAAAUCCAGGCUUGCUCCAGUCGUUCAAGGGGACGCACUCUUGCAACGAUGGAAAAGUCCUUAAUCCAUGCCCCAAAGAUCAGAUCUUGGGCAUGAUCGCUGAUGGAGUUGGCGGCACAGAGGCUGGGCACGGAUAUGCUGCCGACAUCAAUGCCCAAAAAGACGUCGAAGGCGUUGGGUAUGCAGAGGCCUAUUACCGUGCUGCUCGCUUGUACAAUUCUGGGGCUAUUGACGACUCGGGUGACCUGGGCAAAGGCUCUGCCACGCACUGUUAUGCCAGCGACAUUGCAAACAUCUUGGUCGGUUGGACGGAUAGCCAGUCGACAUGCACGUUGGAUGACAAGUGA